AUACCCCAUAAGUAAUAACUAUAAGUCUAAGUAAAUACUGGCCAAACUAUUUGUUUGUUGAAAAACAAAAAGUAAAGCAAAAACGUAGAGGUAAAUUUAAGUAAAAACUCCUUAUUAAAAUGCAUACCAGUUAAAAAAUGAAUGGGCAUUAAAUUCACUUUUUACCUUUUCCUUAGAAACUAAUUUAAUCCGUAGUCAUAUUGGAAAAUAACAAUCUAGUGUUUUCAAAUGUUUGACUGAUCAUUAAAAUGUGCUCUAGCAAUGAAAAUACACACCUGGUCUCCUGUUUUGUUUACUGCACUCAUUCUGCCCUGUACUGAAGGGCAUCUGGACUGUGCCAAAUCGAAAAAUGUGGAAUGAAAUGAUCCACUGUGAUGAGACCAAACAGGAAGCACCCGAAAGAACAACAACCACAAUAACAACAUUUUCUCCUUUACUGAAGGGCUUCCAGCGUAAAAAAAAACUGUGCCAAAUCAAAACAUGCAGACUAAAGUGAUGCGCUGUGACGACCCCAAACAGGGAGCACCUGAAAGUACAACAACAACAAGAAGAACAACAACACUCUCCCCUGCACUGACUUUUGAAUCCACUUGUGUUGACUCAGAUGUUCAGGUAAAUUGGAGCAGUGACUCAGAGGACCAGAGAGAGCCUGGUGCAGUGCAGGCAGUGACAAGAGAUUUUAGGUCUCUUCACCUUCAUGCUGGACAGUUUAAGUGUAAAUUCUCAGACCUUGUGUUUGAUAUGAAAGAGGAAGGCAGAGUGAUGUACAAAAUAGUGUCCUGGGACAGCAGUGUCUUGGAUGGAUUACGCCACAUGGAGCCUGCAGGACCUCUGUACAGUAUCGAGUGCCAUAAAGGUUCAAUCCGUCGCCUGCACCUUCCACACUGUGAGACCCGUACAGAUGUGGUUAAAUUGACUGUGGCUCAUGUGACUGGAGGAAAUGUGGAAAUGCUUCAGCCUCUAAAAGUAACAAAGAAACAUGUCAUCUUAGAAGUUCAGCGUCUCUCACCUUUUGGUCUCUUAAAAGCAUUGCUGCUCCCAGCAUUUCCCAUCAGAGCCCAAGUUCUGCUGUUCUUUGAGAAAAGCCUGAGUAAACUUCACAUCCAUCUGUUGCCAGGGAAUGUCCCGGUUAAAGAGGUGCAGAAGAGACACAAGAGCAUCAGAUAAAUGACAACAAGCUCAAAAUGUAUACUGACCCCUGGUAAAAAAUACAGGAUGAGAUGUUUGAGUGUGAUUAUGGACCCAACUACCACCCUACAUUUGAGGUGUUCCUUAAUACUGAGGUUAUAAAAGUCACAUUAAGUCUUUUGGAUGAAAAUAGCCUGGUGGUGUGGAAGCCUCGUGAUAUCAU